UCAUUGGCCCGGGAUUGUCAACAGGUGGUAGAGGGAGAGGCUCGGUAACGUUGAGUCCUUCAGAGAAGAGAGAGAGAGAAAGACAGUGGAGGAGGAGAAAGUGAAAGAAAGAAAAGGCCAUGACCACAAGACUUCUGUGGCGGGCCCUGUGCCUACUGGUCCUACUCUGCACCGUGUCACCGCUCAGCUCUGCCACCAACCACCCAGACCCAUCAGCCCCAGAGCAGGGAGUCACCUUCAGCAACGUCUAUAGAAUCGACAUCCCGGGGAGCUCUAGUUGUAAACUCGAGCUCCUACCAACGCAAGACAAAACAGGUCUGCAGACAGAGACUACUACGAAUGGAGAGAACGACAUCAUCUUCAGACACAACAUCAAGCUGCAGACACCAAAGUGUGACUGUGAGGAGUCUGAAAGUUUCAAGUCACUGUUGUACAGAGUCAACGGGCUGGAGGAAGAAGUCAACUACCUAAAGACCCAGUGUACUCAGGGAUGUUGUGGACGCGGUAGGGCUGCAGGCGUGGACACAGGCUGUAGUGGCCAUGGUACCUACGAGCCGGACACCUGCAGCUGCCUCUGUAACCCAGGAUGGGAAGGCCCCGAUUGUUUAGUGUCGUCCUGCCCUGACGAGUGCAAUGACAACGGCCGAUGUGUGAAUGGGAAGUGUGAGUGCCACCAGGGCCACGUGGGAGAGGACUGCAGCCGACUGAUGUGUCCGGACAACUGCAACGACAAGGGACAAUGUGUGGAUGGAAAAUGCGUGUGUUUCCAGCACUUCACCGGCGAGGAUUGCGGUGUCCAGAAGUGUCCCAACGACUGCGCCGGUAACGGCCAGUGUGUGGACGGCCAGUGCGUCUGCGAAGAGGGCUUUUAUGGCGAAGACUGUUCAUUAGUCGACAGUCCUCAGGGUCUGCGCUUGGUCCAGAUGACUGACGUCUCCCUCCUGGUUAAGUGGGAAUCAGUUCGUGGGGCAGAGUAUUAUAUUCUGACAUACCAUCCCAAACAUGAUGAGAGUACCCAGGAGCAUAUUCGUGUUUCCAACACAGAUAACUCCUACCUCAUCUCAGGACUGACUCCUGGAGUCACUUACAUUGUCCAGGUGUUUGCUGUCAUCAAAGAUAUCCAAAGUGAAGCAGACAAGAUCGAAGCUACCACAGAUGUCUCCUCUAUUGAUGGUAUCAGAGUCCUUGGCCACACAGAAGUCUCCAUCCAGGUGGACUGGAAGAACCCGUCAGCUGAAGUGGAUCACUUCAGGCUCACACACACUGACCCUUCAGGACAGAAGGAGGAGCAGAACGUACAGAGGAACCAAGAGGCGCGCACCAAACACACCAUUGUUGGUCUUUUUCCAGGAACAGAGUACCGGAUCUCAGUGCAGGCCAUCAAAGGAAUCACUGAGGGAAAACCGUCCUCUGUCACUGGUGCCACAGACAUUGAUGCUCCUACCAACCUGACCACCACUGAAGUAACAGAGGACACUGCGACAGUUUCAUGGGAUCUUGUCCAGGCAGAAAUAGGUGGCUACAUGUUGAGCUACACCUCUGCUGAGGGCUCCAGCGCCGAGAUCCCCGUAGGACGUGACAGCACCUCUUACAGGCUGCUUGGCUUGAAGCCUGGAGUUCUCCACACUGUUUACAUCUGGGCCUUCAAGGGCAACAAAGUCAGCAGUAAGAGUUCAACAGUAGCUGAAACAGAGCUGGAUGCUCCUACUAACGUCUUGGCACAAGAUGAAACAGAUUCCAGCUUCAGCGUGUCUUGGGAUCACACCCAGGCAGAAAUCGAUGGCUACGUCCUAGCCUACAGCUCUUCUGAGGGCUCAAGUGAGGAAAUCCCAGUCGGGUCUGACACCUCUUACAUGCUGACUGGCCUGAGGCCUGGUGUCCUCCACACUGUCUACAUUUGGGCCAUCAAGGGGAGCAAAGCCAGCAGGAAGAGCUCAACACAAGCUGAGACAGAACUGGAUGCUCCCGCUAACCUCUCAGCCCGAGAUGAAACAGAGUCCAGCUUCAGCGUGUCAUGGGAUCCAGUCCAGGCUGAAAUAGAUGGCUACAUCCUAACCUACAACUCCUCUGAUGGCGUUAGUGGGGAGAUCCCAGUGGGGCCUGACAGCACCUCUUACAUGCUGACUAGUUUGAAGCCUGGGGCCUUCUACACUGUCUACAUCUGGGCCAUUAAAGGAAACAAAGCCAGCAGGCAAAUCUCAACACAAGCUCAGACAGAACUGGAUGCUCCUGCUAAUCUCUUAGCCCGAGAUGAAACAGAGUCCAGCUUCAGCGUGUCAUGGGAUCCAGUCCAGGCAGAAAUUGAUGGCUACGUCUUAACCUACAGCACCUCUGAUGGCUCUAGUGGGGAGAUCCCAGUCCGGUCUGACAGCACCUCUUACAUGCUGGCUGGCCUGAGGCCUGGUGUCCUCUACACUGUCUACAUUUGGGCCAUCAAGGGGAGCAAAGCAAGCAGGAAGAGCUCAACAAAUGCUGAGACAGACAUUGAUGCCCCGAAGGAGCUGAAGGCGACAGAUGUGACUCUGGAGUCUGCUUUAUUGACCUGGGUUCCUCCUCUUGCUGACAUCGAGGGUUACGUUCUCGUCUACAGCGAUGAGAACGGCAACAUGGAGACGGUCGAAAAGCAGCUUGAUGCCCCCCAGAGCCGUUUUGCUGUAUCCAGUUUGGAGACGGGGAAGAGUUAUAUCGUCAGCAUCGCUGCCUACAGGGGAAACAAGAGGAGCGAGGUGGUGGAGACCAUCUUCAGAACAGUUGGCCUCCUGUACCCCUUCCCCAUGGACUGCAUUCAGAUCAUGAAGAAUGGCAAUAAGAAGAGUGGAGUCUACACCGUCUAUAUUAACAACGACCGCUCCAAACCAAUCGAGGCUUACUGUGACAUGGAGACUGAUGGAGGCGGCUGGCUGGUGCUCCAACGACGUACCUCGGGCAAACUGGACUUUAUGAAGCGCUGGAGACAGUACAUAGCAGGGUUUGGCAACAUGACAGAGGAGUUCUGGAUUGGUCUGGAUAAGAUAUAUGAGCUCACCAACACUCCUACUCAGUAUGAGCUGAGGUUUGACCUGGGAGUGGGUGCUGAGAGAGCCUAUGCUGUGUACGACAACUUUAAGAUCGCACCGGUCAAGCAGAAGUUCAAAAUCACUAUCGGCAAAUACAGUGGAACUGCAGGUGACGCUAUGACCUACCACCAAGGCCGACCGUGGACUACUGUUGAUAAUGAUAAUGACAUCGCCCUGGGUAACUGUGCCCUGGUCCACCGUGGCGCCUGGUGGUACAAAAACUGUCAUCUUGCCAACAUCAAUGGAAAGUGGGGAGACAACAGGCACAGUUUGGGAGUGAACUGGGAGCCGUGGAAGGGCCACCUGGUGUCCCUCGACUUCACCGAGAUGAAGAUCCGACCUGUGGGAGCCUCGUCCAGCAGGAAGAGGCGAUCGUUGACGGCCAGAGAGAAGAGCACAACCACAAACCUCCAAAAGAAAUAAUAGAGCACCUCCCACUGAAACCACAACAGUCCCAUUAACCUGCCACCAGGCUAGAUCUGGGUGUUUCUGUGCAUAAGUACAUACACAUGUCCCCACAGGUCGACAUGAUUCAAUAUGUAUCAACUGUUGGACAAUAUGUACACAGAGAAAUGCCGAAAUGAAAUAGUAACUUAUUAUCUGUUUUCAAACAAUGGGAUUAAUCGGAAACUGCUAGUGGUUGUGGGAAAGCGACGAAUAGAAAAAUGCCUUUUUAUAAUGCAAUAGUUAUUCUUAAAAACUUCAGUUUCACUGAUUCUGGUAGUAACCUUCAUUAUAAAUCAGGAAACAAUAGAUUUAGUUAAAUUCGGACGCAAGAAAUCCAAUUUGUCUUUCUUUUUUAGCCUCAGGGCAGCAGCCGGGGUUUUUGUAUUAUAUUUGUGUAUUUUUUGUCGUAUGAAGAAUUACAGUAGCAAUUUUUCUUGUGUAUAGUACUGUCAUAACAACAUACAUGUAAAACAAAAUGUAUUUGAAGGUCAGAUGUGAACAAUUAGCGAGUUAUUGCCCUGAUUUUAUUGACUAUGAAGCGGUGUCACUUUCAGUUGUCGCUGCCUCAAACACUGUCACAUCACAUUAGUGUGUGUGGGACGGGCCAGAGAAUAACAAUGGAUGGCUCUCUUGAAUGACCAUAUUGCUCCUGCUUUACAUUCAUAAGAUACCGACAGCGCAUAUCAAUCAAUGUGAUGUGCCCACAUCAAACGUCAAUAAGGAUGAAGUGUGUUUGCCCCAUCCUCAGGGUUUUAAUGAACAAACCCUUGUUUUCAAUCUGGAAAGCUGACAAAGGUUAUUAAUACUGCUUUGACUUUGACUUUAUUACAUUAUUACAUUUUUAAACUUCUAUUACAAACUGUUGUUUUAUGAGACAGGUAUGGAGCACAUCAAUCAACAUUUCUGCUGACCUGCCAUAAUUGAUCUAAAGUCCCUGCUCCACAUACAUUUAGCAUUCACUAAAAUGUCUUUUUAAACCUUCAUGGCCCAUACGUUUUUAUUCCGACAAUCCUCAAUCAGUAUUUUCAAGGUCACUAAGCAAUUUAUAAACCUGCAUAUGAAUUUAUUUUGUAUUGUCAGAGUUACAUUGUAGCUGACCAUUCAUAUUUGUACCACACAUUCACACAAUAAGUAAAUAAAUAAUGGUUUUGUUAAAUUGA